GUUUUUUGUUUGGGUACAGAUUGACCUAUGACAGGGGCAUUCGGAUCUGGACCUGCGAUAUUGCGGGGUAACAUGGACGAGUCAUUUUAGCGAGAGCAUGGGCCUUUGCCUGUCCCGUUCACCGAAAUUGGCGGUUCCCGGGAAAAGUACCGUAAUUUCCCGCCAGGUUUCAGGUCCUCCCUGGUAUUGAAAAGCGCUCGCCGUUCUUCGUGUUUGCUUCAGUUCCCCACAACACAGCCUCACUCUUCUUCCUCAGCAAUGUCCUCCUCACGUCGUCAGAGCAAUGGUCGAUCGCCCCUAGUCAAUCCUCAGCGUCAAAUUACAUCCUUCUUUUCUAAAACCACUUCUUCUCCUCCUUCAUUUCCUGCCCAGCAGAAAGCUAACCCUAACCCUUCGCCCCCCUCCAUUCUCUCCAAGCAGAAAUUAAGCCCUAGCCGAAUCACUGAUCGAAAAUCCAGUCCUAGCCCCAGCCCUUCUACACCUUCCCCUUCCCCUCCCAAUCCAAGAUGCAACAAACCUCUUCUUCUCAUCGGCACUUCAUCACCCCACUCUCCGUCUCGACCCACCCCCUCGUCUUCACCACCAUUGGAUAGCCUACCGUACGGCCAAGAGGUUGUCGGAAGAAGGAUCAAGGUUUAUUGGCCUUUGGAUAAAACCUGGUAUGAAGGCUGUGUCGGCUCAUUUGAUAAGCACACAGGCAAGCAUUUGGUUCUAUACGAUGAUGAUGAAGAGGAAUCAUUGGACCUUGCCAAGGAGAAGAUUGAGUGGGUUCAAGAGACUGUGAAGAAGUUCAAACGGCUGCGUCGUGGCUUUUGUGCUUCGAAGCAAAUGGUGAUUGAGGAUGAGGGAGCAGAGAAUGCUGGUGUCAGGGAAGAAGAAGGCAGUGGUGAUGACGGUCAUGACGACGAUUCUAGCGACGAUGAUUGGGGGAAGAAUGAGAUUGCGGACGACGCCGAGGACUCUGAUGAAGACAUGGAGCUGAAAGACGAGGAGGAUGUAGCCGAGAGGCCUAAAGCAAAAGGAGGUAAGAAGUUUGAGCCCACAAAGCCCACAAAGCGGAAACCAAGUGGGGGAGAGAAACGGGGACCUGCAAAAAAGAGCAAGAUCGCAGUAGAAUUUGGGAAGGGAAGUUUCAAGGUUUCAAUGCCGGAGCAAAAAAGUAAUUCGGACAGUAAGUGGUCAAGUAAAAAGGCCAUUAAUGAAAUUGGUUGUGUUGCAACUGGCGAUGCCCCCGAAAGAUUUGCAGCACGUGAAGCUGAGAAAUUGCAUUUCCUCCGAGUAAAUCGAAAGGAUGCCAGAAGAAGACGUCCAGGAGAUGAAAACUAUGAUCCAAAGACCCUAUAUCUGCCUCCUGAUUUCUUAAAGAGUUUGUCCGAUGGGCAGAAACAAUGGUGGGAGUUCAAGUCAAAGCAUAUGGACAAAGUUCUGUUUUUUAAGAUGGGUAAAUUUUAUGAACUUUUUGAAAUGGAUGCACACGUGGGAGUGAAAGAGCUUGACUUGCAGUAUAUGAAGGGGGAACAACCUCAUUGUGGAUUUCCAGAGAAGAAUUUUUCAAUGAAUGUGGAGAAACUGGCUGGGAAGGGCUAUCGAAUUCUUGUUGUAGAGCAGACUGAAACACCUGAACAAUUGGAGAUUCGUCGCAAGAAGGGUUCUAAAGAUAAGGUUGUGAAACGGGAAAUAUGUGCUGUGGUUACAAAAGGUACAUUAACUGAUGGGGAGUUGUUGUCGGUAAACCCAGAAGCUUCUUAUCUAAUGGCCUUAACUGAGUGCCAUGAAAGCAAGGAAGAUGAAAGUUUGGAACGUAUUUAUGGUGUUUGUGUAGUUGAUGUUGCUACGAGCAGAGUCAUUCUUGGCCAGUUUGAGGAUGAUUCAGAGUGCAGUGCCUUGUGCAGUAUUUUAUCUGAACUUAGGCCAGUGGAAAUUAUAAAACCUGCUAAACUGCUCAGUGCUGAAACAGAGAGGGUACUGCGGAAGCAUACAAGAAAUCCUCUGGUCAAUGAAUUAGUUCCUAAUGUGGAAUUCUGGGAUGCUGAGAAAGCUUUUAUUGAAUUGAAGAGAUUUUACAGUAAUUCAGGUCUUUCUAGUGUUGAAGGUGAUGGGAUAGGUGGCAUGCCAGAUGUUUUGCUGGAGAUGGUGAGAGCAGUCGAUGACAAUAGAAGUGCACUUUCAGCACUGGGUGGUGCUCUAUAUUAUCUGAAACAGGCUUUCCUUGAUGAGUCAUUGCUUAGAUUUGCACAAUUUGAGAUACUUCCAUUUUCCAAUUUUGAUGGUCUUGCUUCCAAACCAUACAUGGUUCUAGACGCUGCAGCCCUGGAGAAUCUUGAAAUUUUUGAGAAUAGCAGAAAUGGUGAUUCUUCAGGCACACUUUAUGCACAAUUGAACCAAUGUGUUACUGCAUUUGGGAAGAGAUUGCUGAAGACAUGGCUUGCGAGACCAUUAUAUCAUCUAGAGAAAAUAAAGGAACGCCAAGAAGCUGUGGCUGGUCUAAGGGGAGUUAAUCUACCUUCCUCACUAGAAUUCCGGAAAGCAUUAUCAAGGCUGCCUGAUAUGGAGCGGUUGCUGGCAUGCAUAUUCUCUAGUAGUGAAGCUAGUGGCCGGAAUGCUAAUAAGGUGGUUCUGUAUGAGGAUGCAGCAAAGAAACAACUGCAACAGUUUGUUUCAGCGCUUCGUGGAUGUGAACUAAUGGCACGAGCAUGUUCAUUGCUUCAUGUCAUUUUGAACAAUAAUGAAUCUAGGCAACUUCAUCAUUUGUUAACACCUGGAGAAGGUCUUCCAGAUGUUCAUACGCUUUUAGAUCAUUUCAAGGAUGCCUUUGAUUGGGAUGAAGCCAAUAACUCUGGGCGUAUACUACCUCACAAGGGAGUUGAUUCUGAGUAUGACUCAGCCUGCAAAAUGGUUGAUGAAAUUGAAUCCAGUCUAUUGCAGCAUCUCAAGGAACAAAGGAAAUUUCUUCGAGACAACUCAAUUACUUACGUUUCUGUUGGAAAGGAGGCAUACCUGUUGGAAGUGCCAGAAAGUUUGAGUGGAAAUAUUCCACAGGAUUAUGAGAUGAGGUCAUCCAGAAAGGGUUUUUUCAGGUACUGGACUCCAGAUAUUAAAAAGUUACUGGGGAAGCUUUCCCAAGGAGAACAGGAAAAGGAGUCCUCAUUGAAAACUAUUUUACAGAGAUUAGUUUGUCGUUUUUGCGAACAUCAUACUAAGUGGAGGCAGUUAGUGUCUGCUACUGCUGAGCUGGAUGCUUUGAUCAGCUUAGCAAUUGCCGGUGACUACUAUGAAGGUUCAAUAUGCCAACCAAGAUUCUUAGGCUCACUAUGCACAAAAGAAACUCCAUGCCUCUCUGCUAAAGGUUUAGGACACCCAGUCCUUGGGAGUGAUUAUUUAGGCAAGGGUGCCUUUGUACCGAAUGACAUAACCAUUGGUGGUCCACGUCAGGCAAGCUUUAUACUUCUAACUGGCCCUAACAUGGGUGGAAAGUCGACGCUUCUUCGCCAAGUUUGCUUGGCAGUGAUUUUGGCCCAGGUAGGAGCUGAUGUUCCAGCCAAAAGUUUUGAUUUGUCACCUGUGGACCGAAUUUUUGUUCGAAUGGGUGCCAAGGAUAAUAUCAUGGCUGACCAAAGUACAUUUUUAACUGAGCUUUCAGAAACUGCAACUGUGCUGUCAUCAGCUACUCGUAAUUCAUUAGUGGCUUUGGAUGAGCUUGGACGUGGGACCUCAACUUCCGAUGGACAAGCCAUUGCGGAAUCAGUACUUGAAUAUCUUGUGCAAAAAGUGCAGUGUCGUGGGUUGUUUUCUACUCAUUAUCACCUAUUAGCUGUUGAUUUCCACAAGGACCCCAAGGUUUCUCUCUGCCAUAUGGCUUGUCAAGUUGGUGAUGGAGUUGGAGGCGUGGAUGAAGUCACAUUUCUUUAUAGGUUGACACCUGGUGCAUGCCCUAAGAGCUAUGGGGUUAAUGUUGCUCGGUUAGCUGCUUUAUUUCAGGUCUUCCAACUUCUGUUCUGCAAAAGGCUGCUGCUAAGUCUAGAGAAUUUGAGGCCAAAUAUGGUAAACACAGAAAGGCAUCUCUGGAAAACAACGCUUCCAAUCAAAGUUUGGCCGAUAAGAUGGCCGUCAUCAUUCAAAAAUUGAUCAAUGCCACCACAAAUUUGAAUAUCCUGGAAAACUUGUCCGAUAGUUUCCUCAGUGAACUUCAUAAUAAAACAAGAGCGCUGCGGCAAAUGUUAAACCGUUCCAAGUAAUUGUUUUGAUCCACUAAUAUCCAUUCGCCGGUCGUUGCCGGUUCUGUCAUCAAAAUUAUUGUUCAUUAUUGGAAAGUCGAGUCUUGCUUGUUAUGUUAGUUGUCUAACAUCUCGGAACUUUAUUCGAAAUAGCUUUGGUUCCCUGUAAAUAAUUGUAGUCAAUGAGUUGAUCCAAGUUCAACUGAUACUACCGCAGUGCUUUUUGUACGCGUUUCCAGAAGUGAAUACUACUAUGUAGGUGAAUUCGGUUGUUGAUUGUACUGACUAGUAUUUGUAAAUAUUUUUUUGGUGGAUGGGUGGGCGGUAGUAGGCAGAAUGAAAAUGCAUUUGAAUUUAA